AGCGAAUUGACGUGUAUAUUUUGCCCAUCAAUGGCGUAAAAAUUACAAGAUAGUUGAAGAUAUGAUAAAAAUUGAUAAAAUAUCGUGUGAAAAAGUGUAAUUUAAGUUAUUUAAAUAUGCUUCCCACCUACUCAAGGUCCACCACUACUCAAACAACCUCCUUCUUCUCCCGAAAAUCAUUCCGAAACAGUGAAAAAUUACUCAUUAUCCUAGUUCUCCUAACAUUCUGUUUUGUGUGCUUCUGUGGAUUUUUCUUCCUUCCGGACAACUUCAGUAGCAAUCGGGUAUUGAAUGUGUACAAGCAGUUGCAAAAAGCGGGACCAGAGAUUUUCAUACCAGCUCCCCCAAUAGCCCAGCAAGGAUUCAAUGGGGCUGAUGUUGACCCACAUCUCAUUGAUGACAGGGAGAAGCUGGCAGCUAAGAUUCAGGGGGAGCUGGGCGAUAUAAUUGAUCGACCAGAGAUUCAUAGGGAGGAAAAAUCAGACAAGGCACUGGGGGAGAGUGGUCAGCAGGAGGGACCACUGGAUGGAAGUAUUAAUCAAUUGCCGAGCGGAAGUGAUGAGAAAAUUGGCACGACAACACUCAAAUUUGGCCCAGAAAGUGGCCAAGAUUCCGAUGCAACGAUCCGACAGAAAAGGGAAACAGUAAAGCAGAUGAUGCUUCACGCUUGGAAUAAUUACAAGCAAUUUGCAUGGGGAAAGAAUGAAUUGCGCCCAAUAUCAAAGAGAGCACACUCUGGGAGUGUUUUUGGCGCAUUUGAUUUUGGGGCAACAAUUAUCGAUGGUCUCGAUACGUUGUACAUGAUGGGAUUGCAGGAGGAAUUUGAGGAAGGAAAGGAGUGGCUUGCACGAAAGUUCUCCUUUGACAAUGUCUCCGUUGAUAUUUCAGUGUUUGAGACAAAUAUUCGAUUUGUGGGUGGAUUGCUAUCGUGCUAUGCCUUAACUGGAGAUCCCAUAUUCAAGGAUAAAGCCGUCUAUGUGGCUGAUAAACUACUGCCAGCUUUUCAGACACCCACAGGAAUUCCCCUGGCGUUGGUUAAUCUCAAAACUGGGGCCAGCAAAAAUUAUGGUUGGGCAAGUGGAGGAAGUAGUAUUUUGUCAGAAUUUGGAACACUUCAUCUAGAAUUUAUGUAUUUGAGUGAUAUCACGGGAAAUCCUAUCUACCGUGAACGUGUUCAGAAUGUUCGUCAAGUCCUUAAGGAAUUGGAGAAGCCCAAAGGAUUGUAUCCCAAUUAUCUCAAUCCGAAGACUGGAAAGUGGGGACAAUAUCACAUGUCCCUAGGUGCCUUAGGUGAUAGCUACUUUGAGUAUUUGCUGAAAGCUUGGAUUCAAUCUGGACGCGUAGAUCAGGAAGCUCGUAUAAUGUUUGACGAAGCCAUGCCACCAAUUAUUGAGCACAUGGUGAGAAAGAGUCACGGUGGAUUGAUUUAUGUAUCGGACAUGAAAUUUGACCGCCUAGAGCACAAAAUGGAUCAUUUAGCGUGCUUUGCGGGCGGAUUAUUUGGACUCGGGUCUCAGACACUCUCAAACGAAUGGUCAACAAAGUACAUGGAAAUAGCCCAUGGACUGACAAAUACCUGCCAUGAGAGUUACAUUAGGACACCCACGAAAUUAGGACCAGAAUCAUUUAGAUUCAGUGAAGCAGUUGAGGCAAAAGCUCUCAAGACUUCAGAGAAAUACUACAUUUUACGACCGGAAACAUUUGAGAGUUAUUUCAUAAUGUGGCGCCUGACGCAUCAACAGAAAUAUCGGGAUUGGGGUUGGGAGGCUGUGCAGGCUCUUGAGAAACACUGCCGAACACCCAAUGGAUAUUCAGGACUGAAGAAUGUCUACAUGGAGGAACCACAGAAGGAUGAUGUACAGCAGAGUUUCUUCCUUGCGGAGACACUCAAGUAUCUGUAUCUCCUGUUCUCAGAUGAUUCGUUCAUUCCACUAGAUGAGUGGGUUUUCAAUACUGAAGCCCACCCGCUGCCCAUCAAGGGAAUUAAUUCACUGUAUCGAGCAGCACCUAUGACAACACCUAGUCAACCUUAAGUACCAUUUAUCCCUUUUGCCCUACAGUAAGCUUAAUUAAUUAAAAAAAAAGGAGCUUACUGCUCUUUGAGUUCGUAAUAUAAUGCAAGUCCCUUAAAGAUCCCCGAAAAGUAAAAGGUUGUCCGAAAGGAGAAGUUGCAUGUUUUUAGGUCGAGAUUAAAUGAAUGUAUGAAAUUUGAGAAAGAAACUAGGUUUAUGUAAUGUAAUAAUUACAGAUAGUAUGAAAUGUGCCAAAAGACUAGGCAAAUUGAGUUAAAAAAAAAGAAAUUAUAAAAUAUUCAAAGUAUAGAGAGAUCGACAAAAAAAAAGAAA